AUGUCCGACCAAGACUACAUCCUCUACUCCUACUUCCGCUCCUCCUGCUCAGCCCGCCUCCGCAUCGCCCUCAACCUCAAAUCCAUCCCCUACACCACAAUCCCAACCAACCUCCUCAAAGACGAACACCUCUCCGACACCCAUCGCGCCCUCAACCCCUCCGCCAGCGUACCCCUCCUUGUCAACCGGUCCGACGCAGACUUCAAAGUCACACAAUCCGUCGCCGCCCUCGAGUACCUCGAAGAAACCCAUUCGUCUUCCACGCCCCUCCUCCCCAAGGACGCAAAGACGCGCGCCGUGGUCCGGAGCCUGGUCAAUAUUGUCGCCUGCGACAUCCAGCCCGUGACGAAUAUGCGGAUCAUGAGGCGGAUCAGGGCCAUGGGCGGAAAUGCGGAACAGUGGAACCGCGAGUUGAUGGCGGAUGGGUUUGCGGCGUACGAGGCUGUUGCGAAGGAGUGGGCGGGGAGUUGCUCUGUUGGUGAUGAGAUUUCGUUGGCGGAUAUUGCGGAGGGGUUGAAGGAGCAUCCGGCUGUUGUGAAGGCGCAUUACUUUAACCAGCCUGAUACUCCUGAUGAAUUGAGGGCGAAAUAG